AUGAGCAACACUCUAAAAAUUAAUGGUCACACCGAAGAAGCCAAGAAAUUGAAAAUGUUCCCGUUUACCUUAGCGGAACAAGCUGAAGAAUGGUUUUAUUCCUUACCUGCCGAUAGCAUCACAUCUUGGGAAGAAAUGGAAAAAGCCUUCCUGAAUGACUAUUUUCCAGCAUCGAUGUUUGUGAAUGGUCUUAAAAUAAAGACCAAACAACUGAUUGAUACUGCAGCCAGUGGUUCCACAAAAUUUUCAACAACCACCGGUAUCAAGAAGAUCAUUGAAGCUAUUGCUGCUAAUGAGCACAUGGAGUUGUACGAUAGGUGUCAAAGCAAACCAGAAGGGGUUAUAGAUUUAAAGUUGGAAACUAAUAAAAUUUGUAAUACUAUAGCUGCUGAAGUUGAUAAGAAGCUGAAGGCGAUGAAUAUAGGUACCCAACAGAUGGCGCAGGUCCAACCAGUUCCUACUGUCUGCUGUGAAAUUUGUAGUGGUCCGCACGAAACUGCCCCUAAGAAAGCUGAUUGGGAAAUUGCUAUUGAAAGAAUGGCAGCUCAUAAUGUUCAAUUUCAAGAAGAAACCCGGAACAAUAAAAAAAACACCACAACAUCCAUAAAGAAUCUUGAAGUCCAAAUGGGUCAAAUCGCUCAUCAACUAGCUUCGACUUCUCAAGCACGAGGUGCUCUACCUAGUGCAACCGUGACAAAACCUAGAGAGCAUAAUAAUGUGAGCACGGCGACAACAAGAAAUGGUAAAUCGGAUGAAGUUGUCGAGGAAGUGGAUGAAGAGGAAGACCAAUUGAUCGAAGUGGACCUUGAGAUCAAAGAUAAUGAAGUUGUUAGGGAAGAAGUGGUAGCAUCAAAACCGGUUGCGAAAGAAACAGUCAUUGCGCCCAAGCCGGUUGUUAAGCUUCCCUUCCCUACUAGAAACAAGAAAAAAGGACAACAUGAGAAAAACUUUGAAAAAUUCUUAGAGUUAUUCAAGAAGCUGGAGAUUAACAUUCCUUUGUUGGAGGCACCUGAACAAAUGCCUACUUAUCCCAAGUUCAUGAAGGACAUCAUUUCGAAGAGGCAUACCACCGAAACUAACCCAAUUAUUCUAACCGGAACUUGUAGUGCUAUUUUGCAAGGUAUGAAGAUUCCGAUAAAGAAGAAAGAUCGAGGAGCUGUUACUAUCCCGUGUACUAUUGGAGAUAGGUUGUUCAACAAAACGCUUAUUGAUCUGGGAGCUAGUGUGAGUCUCAUGUUGUUAUCCAUUUACAAGAAGCUUGGUAUAGGGGUUGUGUAA